UUGGACAGUCUUUCUUUCGAAUUCUGCAUCACCUUAGGAAACUGUUCAAUUUUGGAUCUGUCCGAUCCUUCCCACCUGUCCGCUGCCUACCUGUUCCUCCCCCCCCGUCCGGGUACCGGGCCAGUCCAUCAGAUUGGCCCUCGGGGGACUCUUCAGACUUCGGGCACAGUAGUGCAUGACACUGCUCACUCGAUCACAGACCAAGGCCAUGGACCGGAAGGCGGGAGAAUCCCUCCUGGCCUAUGAGGAACGCCUGGCGGCAUUCAUUCAGGAGGCCAACGAUAGGGUUGCCGCCGCGGCCAAGGAACGUAAUCGGCUUGAACAAGAGGAGGAGGCCAAGCGACAGAAGGAGGAACAGGACCGACUUCGUCAAGAAGAGGCAGACCUGCAAGCGGCAGCUGAACACCGGUCACGCCAGAGGGAACGAUUGUUCACGCGGGCGACCGUGAUCGGCGAUGAGGCCGCACAUUGGGUGGAAGAGGCAUUUGCAGACGGGGCCCCAAAGACUGACAAAGGGCUGUCAGCCCUUGCGCAGGUCUCCCACGACCUUGUGGCCACCUGCGCUCUGCAGCAGGAGGAAAUCCUUCACCUGCAGCAGACAGUGGACCAGAUGCUCGCACAGCUGCAGGCGGUGGAGAAACAGCCAGCUGCGGUAGCAGCCGCAGGGCCUUCCAACCUUACCACCCAUGUGCAAGUUUUGGAGGAUGACGUCAGCAACAUCAAGGGUGUGCAUCAGGACUUCCGGACGUCGCCGCAAGCAACGAACUCGCAGUUGGAGACGGAGGUCCAGGCUGCUGCCACCGUGACGCCCGCCGCCGCAUCCUCCCGGCGCCCACCCAAACUGGAUGACAUUCUAGUUUUCUGCGAUCAGUCCAAGACGGAACCGAUCCCGUGGUGGCGCCAGUUUACUCUCAGGCUCGACACGCACCAUGUCCCGAACAACGAUCGACAUCCGUGCUUGUACCACCGAUCUGGUGGUGCGUGUCAAGCAUGGCUGGACAACAUCUUGACCAGCCACGGCGUAGCAGUGUCGGAACUGCACACCAAGCUCACUUGGCAGGAGUUGACCGACGCCUGGCACAAGCGAUUCCAAGUGGAGCCGCCCGACCUGCAAGCGAUGGACAAGCUCAACAAGCUCCAUCAGAACACGCUGCUCAGUCAGGACUGGAUUACCGAGUUCCAAAGACUCGCCUCCACACCUGACCUGCCGCUCGCAUUCCGCGCCAUCAAGCACUUGUUUAUCAUGCGCUCGUGUCCAGCUCUGCAAAACGGGCCGACGCAGAUUGCAGAGACACUCGACACAUUUGACAAGCUUUUCAGCACAGCGUCACGGAUCAUCCUCACGAAUAUCGAAGCCCCCAACGCCGGCCGAUCUUCCGCGACGACGAGCGGCACCCAGCCCAAGCCAAAGGUGGCUUGCAUUACUUCUACCGAGGCUGCAACACCAAACGAGGGUGAAGUGUUGGCAGCUGCCCGGGAUGGUGGCCGGCCGCGCAACAAUCACGGCCGCGACAAGACGAAGACUCAGUCCACCUCUACACCGAGCACCGGAUCAGCCGCCGACGAACCUUGGGCACAAUACGGACUCUCGGCGAAUUCUUAUCGCACGAGACUCAAGUACCACGAAGUCGCGGUGGGGGACAUGCUUGGCUAUGUUGCCAAGGUGGCCCGCGAGUUUGUCUCGCAAAGGUACGAAGAAAACAACGUGCCGUUGCUUUAUGUUCGCAUUCAGAUUGGGCAAGCGGCCUGCAAUGCUUUGCUAGAUUGCGGCGCAACUCGCAACUUCAUCAGYCAGUCCUUCAUGACUCGGGCUGGCCUUGGCGCACAAGUACGGAGGAAGUCACAUCCGACGACGGUCCCUCUUGCCGACGGUAAGACAAAACAACUUUUAGACCGUUACAUCUCGGCUGUCCCGGUGUACUYUGCACCGCACGCAUGUGAACCCGUCACUUUUGACGUGUUGGACACCGACUUCGAUGUCAUUUUGGGGAUGCCUUGGCUUUCUAGCGCGGACCACACGGUCAAUUUCCAUCGACACACGCUCAUGAUUCGUGAUGCAACUGGCGCCGAGGUCCCGUGUACUAUUCCUCCUCCUCGCUCUUCCAUUCGGUGCCAAGUCCUGAGUGCCAAAUCUUUUCGAGACACAUGCCGUUCCGAGCAUGUCGAAGAGAUUGGCAUCGCUUUUCUUCGAACCGUCCCGACGAUCGAUUCAUCGUCCACGAAUGUGUAUUCCCACCCCCGUGUGACCCGGUUGUUAGACGAGUUCUCAGAUGUUUUUGAGACACCCUCCGGUAUAGUGCCGAACCGGCCAAUCUCUCACGAGAUCAUACUUGAGGCCGGCGCCGUGCCACCGAAGGGAUGCAUUUAUCGCAUGUCCGAGGAGGAGCUCACGGUUCUCCGUGCGCAACUCGACGAACUACUUGACAAGGGUUGGAUCCGCCCUAGCAGCUCACCUUACGAAGAUCGGGGCGUUCUUCUUAACGCGAGACGAGUCUUGGAUCCGGGCGGCACCCGGCUAGCAUCGUGGUUGACGGCAGCUGAUCUCUGUAACGGCUCGAGGACAGGAGUGCGCUGCAAUGGCCAGGGUCGAGUCACGGCCCUUGUUCUGCCUUUCCGGUCCCUGAGUGGAACGAUUCCAUCGUCGUUUGGAUCGCUGACGGCUCUCGAAAAGUUAGUUCUUGAUGGAAAUGACAUUCGCGGGAAGAUACCCGCGGAGAUCGGCAACCUUACAUCCCUCGUCGAGCUGCGACUUAGCAGUAACAGACUCUCAGGCGAGAUCCCGCGUGAGCUCUCCUUGCUUGAAAACCUCGUCAGCCUGCACCUGGACGGUAAUGACCUGAUCGGUCCAUUGCCUCAGGAACUUAGCUGGCUGGUUCAAAACCCCCUUGAGGAGGCCUCGAGCUAUCUUGCGGUUCGCCGUGAUGGCAGGAGUAGUAGCAAUGGGCAGGAAGAGUACGAGACAACAUCGGCAGCAGAUUUUGGCCGUCCUCAGGCGGCCAUUGCACAUGGCCGUCUUCACAUCUUCCGUGUGGACGGAAAUCAGCUGAUUGGGGCUAUUCCAAAAGGUUUCCUUGGCCUGAAAGAGGGGUUCUCAUACAAAGGGAACAGAGGGCUUUGUGGGGUAGGUUUUGCGAAUGCUCCUCCUUGCGAUUGGGAGGUUCUUCCGGAGGAGGUGACAAAUAUUUCUGCAGCAUCCCUGUCUCCGAAUGAACAGGAGCCAGCUCGAGAAAAAUCUUCAAAGCGUUUGGGUGUUGCAUCUUCGUGGUUGACGUUACAGCAUUUUCUACGAAGGCAGCCCAAGGAGGGACGUCAGACACAACGGAAAGGCGAGAAAUGGCAGAGGCGUAGCCGGUCCCUAGCAGCUUCACAUAGACACUUGCUUGCAGAAGGCUUGGACGAAGCCGUCAGCGCUCGUCGGCAAACACUCGAAGGGAAUAAUCUGAUUGAGAAAGCGGCUGCGUCUGCCUCCUUGCCUCAUCCUCAUCCACAUGGCGCUGGUGCAGCAUCAGCAGGUGCGGCAACAGCUUCCGCCCCUGGUACGGAGUCCGUCAAGCUCAAUGAAGGGGGCACAUCAGUUAUGGAAACUCCUGCCAUGCCUUCAGGACAGGCGCAGGCUGAUCAUUUACCGAGUAACAGUACGGGAGGCGGUCAACUCUCCUUGCUCUCUGGAGUAGGGGCGGGUGUGGUUGUGUGCUUCCUGGGAGCGAUCGGCAUUGCGUUUGCAUUAAUCCGAGUGGGGAAGAGGAGGAGGGAAGGGCACCUGCUGAAGGAUUCGAAAAGGAGCUUGCAAAGCCCAACAACGAGUUCUAGAAGUUUGAAGGCAGGGGGCAAGUGUCCCACCGUAUUGCCUGACAAGAAGUCUCUGAUGAUUGCUGUGGGAGUGGGACCAUUGUCCCCGCUCCAGUGGCUACGCGGAAGCACCUGUGUUACUACCAGACAAGGAGAGGAUUCGGCGGAGUUCUCCCAUCUGUCUGGAUGGGGAAAGUGGUAUCGCUUGCACGAGCUAAUGGUGGCGACCAGCAACUUCAGUGACAAGAGAAUUCUUGGGAAAGGUGGUCAUGGGACGGUAUACCUUGGGAUCCUGAAAGAUAGAUCGAAGAUCGCAGUCAAGGACCUCAAUGUAGCGAAGGGGCAGGGGGAGAUGGAGUGGCUCAGCGAGAUUGAUGCGAUCAGUCGUGUCCACCAUCAACACCUGAUGAAACUUCGGGGAUGCUGCGCCGAAGGCAGACGGAAGGUUCUGGUCUAUGAUUACAUGGCAAAGGGCACAUUGGAGGAUCAACUGCAUGGCUGUGUUCAGGGCAUGGGCCCAUCCUCUCGGCCAAACGAAAGGCCUCAGAUACUCAGCUGGGAGAACCGGUUUAAGGUGGUUCUGGGCGCGGCAAAAGGUUUGGCAUAUCUGCAUGAGGUUGUUCAUCCUCGAAUGAUUCAUCGGGAUAUAAAGGCAAGCAAUAUUCUUUUGGAUGAGGAUUUCAAUGCGAAGCUGUCUGAUUUUGGACUCGCACGGACGGUUCCGGAGGGUGAGAAUCACCUCACAACCAAGAACAUCGCGGGAACGCUGGGCUACCUUGCUCCGGAGUAUGCAGUGAUUGGCCAGCUGACAGACAAGAGUGAUGUAUACUCCUUUGGGGUCCUCCUGCUGGAAGUAGUCACCGGUCGCCGCCCGAUCGGCCAAUCGGGAGAUGGUGUCGCGCUGAACAUUGUGCAGUGGGUGAAGCCCUUGUUUGAAAAGGGAUGUCUGCAGCGGCUUGUUGAUCCCAGACUGAAGGGUAGGUACCCCGAAGUGGAAGUGCGAACCACCAUCCGAGUCGCGCUUGCAUGCGUGAAUGAGAUAGCAUCAUCGCGUCCAGCAAUGUCUCAAGUUGUCAGCAUUCUUGAACUCUCGCACUCCACGGGUGUGGACGUAGUUGAUCUUCAGCUCACACCGUCGGAUCGACGCGACCGCGAUAUACACGUGCCACAACCCAGCAAAGAGGACGUCUUUGUGGAUGCGAGGAGUUUCCUGCCAUCAUCAUCGAAAGACUCGGGCGAUUUUUCAUUUUCGCCCCCGGUCUCCCCAGGAGGAGGUAAGGACCUUGAAGCUGGCCAGAGGAUGGCGCGGGGGCGGCGAAACAGCAGUGUGCACAGGAAUGACAAAUCCCCUGCCAAAAAUGGGAGCGCCUGUCCCCAGUUGCCAGCCGCGGGUUCUCCAGGAGUGCAAGAGAAUGGAAGCAAAAGAGACGUGUGUGUGAAAGUGGUGUGCGAGCGAUUAUCCGGAGCUCCCCCUGCGCCUACGGCAGCAGCUGCUGCUACGGAGAAGCCGACGGCUCAGCCUAUACCUCCUCCUGCAAAUGAGCUUUCAUCCACUCCAGGAGGCAACAGAAAAUCUGGAAAAUCCUUGUCGGCUGCAAAGCAGUGGCGAUCACGCUCCUCACUGAGUUUGGACAUGAAGGAACUGAGAGGUAACAGGAAGAUGGGAGGAAGGGAGGCGAAGGGUGUAGGCAAGAAAACACCGUCCUCCAAAAAGCAGCAGGAGUUUGAUGACGAGGUCAUAGAUCACGACAGUGACUUUUUCCCUAGUUUUGAGGGCAUCCGAACUCCACCGCCGCUGUCUAACAAGUUUUUUAUCGAUCAAUGGUCCGUUCACGAUGUGGAAGCGGAUCCUGCCCCUCGCGGCACAGUUGGUACGUGAGAUAUCUCCCACUCCUACCCUCCUACCCUCCUACCCUCCAUGGAUUAUACUUGUCGCUGCCCUGGCUUCCCCCUGUGCAACGGGCUUGUUGCAGCACACAUGUCAGAGCAGGAGUGCGUGUAAUUACCAACAAGACAAGAAAAAUCCAAUGUCAUUCGUUAGGGCGUCGAGAACUCGCGAGACUUCCUAAAUUAGGAGGAAAAAAAACGGGCUAACUCAGUGAGUCUGUGCACCUGCGGAAGGAACAAAGAGGCACUGAGGAGGAGUGCUGACGGCGCCGCAUGUGCCUUCUGUAGCCUGGAAGGCUGAACCCUGAGCUGUGUGCCCUCAUAGAGGUACAAGAUCAGGGCCAGAUUGUGUCCUUCAUUUCAUGGUUGUCAUGCUUGCCGGGACCCAGGGGCGGCGGUCAGGGAGCUGGCCAAUGUCGCAUUGCUGUUCUCGAAGUGCGCUUUUGAACGAAGCUGACUCCUUGCUUGGUCCAUUAUUCUCGCAUAUCGUUAUGUUCGAGUCGAGGAUUGGUUGAUGUCGCCACUUACCUCAGACUUGGAACUUGGGCGUAAGGGAGCUGGCCAGUGUCGUGUUGCUGUUCUCGAAAUGCGUGUACAAACGGAACUGGCAUUUUGCCCCUUUGCAGUGGGGCGUAUUGCCUUUUUUCUGAGGCCAUCAUCAUUAGAAAUGUUUAUUGUUGCCGACUCGUUGGAGCGGAUUGGCAGAUGCCGCUGUUUACCUCAGACUUGGAACUCGAUGCAUCUCUAAGUCCAUGUGCAAGGGCAUGACAAGAACUGGAGAGAAAGCGGCACACAAUAUGGGGGUCUUCUGCCAAGCUUUGCUCU